GCAAUAAGUAAGGGAUGUGAAAUAGAGAAGAAGAAGUGUGCUUCAUCUAGAAGUAAAUGGCCGUUGUUUGCGGGUUCGAAUAUUGAGAGUCCAUCGCCAUGUGCAGUGAACAAUACACAGAAACGACAGAUUUUGAUCACGGGGCACGAGAACGGGUGCGUAAAGUUGUGGUGUAGCAGUUCGAUGAGUUUGAAAUAUUUGUUGACAGUGGACACGGCAAAGGAGUUCGAGGGUUAUUCAGCGAGAGACGACGAGGUGAUGCAGGAUAGCGACGGGAAUGGUUAUGAAUCGAGAGGAACGUCACUGGAUGAGGAUGGAGUGGAAUCAGAGGAUGACGAACUGAAUACGAGCCAUGAGUGGCCACCGUUCAGAAAAGUUGGCGUAUACGAUCCAUUUUGUGAUGACGCGAGAUUAGCGGUGCAGAAGAUUCAUUUCGACCCGAACACUGGACGCUUAGUAGUGGGUGGACGAGCGGGUCAUGCACUAGUCUAUGAUUUGGAGGAUGAACCGAAGGUUAUUUUUGUGGUUUUG